CGACCAAUGGGACGCUGGUGCCGGACUUCGCCGAACACUUAUUUUUACAGAUUACAUAAUUGGAAAAUACGAUGAUUAAACUGAGACAUUUUCUUUACUUAACGGCAUUUAGUUAUGCUCUCUCAGCACCGUGUUUUACACAUAUAGUUUGUAUUAGUGACUAGGAAUACUUUCUUAUAAUGAACCAGACAAAAAGAUCGUAUAAUCCAUUAGAAAGAAAACAAUCAUUUAUAGUAGUUUGCAAAAGAGAAUGUGAUACGAAUGCAGUUCAUUAUACACAUUUAAUCCCUAGACAGAGCUAGAGUAAAACAUUAGUCUGAGAAGUUGCCAGAUCCGAUGUUGGCGAUGCAUUGUGAUUAAAUUGGCUUUUGGCACAGUGACAGCUGGCAGUGGUGAAUGUGUGGGCGGAAUAGGAAGGACAGGCGGAUAGUGCAGUCACAAUUCAUGCACGUUACGUGUGUAUGUGGUGCAUGUCAGUUCACGUGUGGUCUGUGAGGAGGGGGCAGCCUCUAGACCCAGAAUUGUCCUAUGUGGGGUGUUUUUAUGCUGACUAAAAUCUCUGACGUAUCUGUCUUCUCCAGGUGUGAACAAUGUACUGACUAGACCAUUUUAUAUGCUUGAGCCAUUUUUUGUUUACCAGUUGAAGUCGGGUGAUGUAUUUGCUCCCAAAAGAGUUUUAUUAGCUGAAAGCUGGAAGGAGUUGAAAAUAUCUGGAACGCAGUUUGCAUGGACAGCUCAGAUCUAACUCUUAAAAACAGGAAUUCUAAUAGUGUCAGACUACCUUUCGACUGGUGAAUGGAGAUGGAUGAUGAUCUUGAGAGCUUUCUGGAAGAACAGAGGGCUAAAGUGGCUGAAGACAAGGCCAGCCUGGAGCAGGACCCUCCCUAUAUGGAGAUACGGACCAGGCCUCAGAGUAAGCAUGACUCCACUGGUAAAGAAAACAUCCCAUUGGCCCCUGCGCCACACCACAGCCAAUCAAAAGAAGAAGGUCCCGGCCUGAGUUUGCCCCUGGGGGAGGAGUAUGAGAGGAAGAAGCAGAGGCUUCAGCAGGAGCUGCGUCUGGAUUACAGACGCUACAUGGCUCAGGUCAAACCAACUAAGAUGCGGGGACCCAGCUGGGGGUCCAGAACUGCUCCAGAAAAUUCUGAGGUUCCCCUCAACCCAAAUCAAGAGGCACGUCAAGAGUAUCGGCCAAAGAGAGACGCGGCCACUUCAACAGAGGAGGUGCCUUGGCCAUCCAGGGGGCGGGGUCAGGGGAUGGAGGUGGAGACUGACCGGGGAAGCAGGUUCAGGGAUGUAGUAGUGGACUCGGGGCUGGACUGCUCCAGUGAAGAGAUGGACCUCCUGGAUUGGGACCGGGAUGGCAGGAGACGUAUCAGGCGCCAUCAGGACCUUAGAAGUUCUGACAGAAGACGGCAGGAGAAAUACUACGGAAUAGACAGACUGCUCAGGCAGAAGGAGGUGGAGCCCCCUGCAGUCCUGGGGGACUAUAGACACAGAAGACAAGGGACUGCGCUACCCAGGCAGGUACAGACAAUGGUCCCAGUUCGGUCCAGAUUAGGUCUCGAUGAUGACAGGCUACAGUACACCUCUGGACUUAUGAUUGGCCACCCGGAGGCAGUGGCAGAGCAACGGAGGAGGAAGGAGCACUACCGGCAGGAGCUGGAGGAGCAGAUUGCCCAGCAGAGGAAGAACAGGAGGAGGGAGAAGGACCUGGAGCUCGACGUAGCCGCCACCGGGGCCACUGACCCUGAGAAACAGCCGGAUCGAAUUCCGCAGCUCUGGGCCAUCGGGGGCGGGGCUGUGCUGCAGCGGCCCUGGGCGGGGGCCGAAGGUCUCCGCUGGGGAAGCGGUCUGAGGAGGUCCCCCUGCAGUCCGCUCCUGGAGAAGACGCCCCCAGAACGGCCACGCGUUGCCUUUCCUUCCCCCCUGCUGGGGGUGUAUGAGUCCAUCGGGGACAACAGGCUCUCUCCGGCGAAAGAGACCUUCAGCAGGGGUGUUUGGAGUGCGAUGAGGGAUGAGGCCCUCCACAGUGUCCCUCCUCCCCAGCCGUCCACAUUGACUGAUGUCUACAGGACCUUCAGUGAACAGGCCUGUUUCUGCCAGGGGUCCAGGAAGGCCCAGCGGCCCAGCUCGGCCCACUGGGGAGAGCCAGACCUUCCUGUCUUUGCCCCAUCCCAGAACUGCUGUCCAUCCCCAUCACGGGCACAGCGAGCCAGCCAGUUAACGCCAGGGAUGACGGCCACACCUACGGAGAGACCCACACCGACCUACCAAGAGGCCCUGAAGAAGCAGAUCCAGGAAAGGCAGGAACGCCGGAGAAAGGAGCUGCAAGAGAAGGAGCAGUACGAAGCCAGGCUGGAGGCGGAGAGGAAAGCUUACACCCCCUGGGGGCGGGGAGGUGGCGGUGCACCCCUCAGAGAUCACCUGGGCAACCUCAUCACUGACCUGAACCAGAUGCACAAGUCCAACCAGGUGGCAUACCUACGUCCCGAAUCACUGGGCCGCUGUGGGAUUGGGCCCCUGGACAGGAAGAGUGAAGGGAACUCGUCUGACCUCAGGGUCCCAGAUGGUGCACUGGCUGAUGCGUCUUCAGCGCCCCCUGGUGGCACCUCAGUAGGAUUCUCCACACCCUCACCCGCUCAUCAGAAAGACAGUUAUAAGGACUACCUGAAACAGCAGAUUGAGGAGAAGCGCCGACGCCAGGCUGAGGAGCGACAGCGGCUGAAGGUGGAGGAGGAGAUGGAGGAGCGGAGGCUGGAGGAGCAGAGGGCGCAGAUCCGGCGGGAGUAUGAGGAGGAGCAGGAGAAGAGGAGGAGGAAGGAGAUGGAGCAAAGGGCCAAGAAUGAGGAGCUGUUCAGGCAGGCAGAGGAGCGGCGGCGGGAGGAGCAGCGCAGAAAGCAGGAGCGUGAGAACCGGGAGAGCGAGAGCCAGAGGAGGCAGCAGGAGAUGGAGCGGCGGGCCCGGCUGGAGGAGGUGCCCAGGGAGCCCUCUCCGCCAAUCCCCACCCUGCAGAAGAGACCCACCUCCCAGUACAAGCCACGCCCUCCGAGCAACAGUGGACACCCUGCACCUCUGCAGCCUGAACACCAUCUCCCUGGAUCACAGUCCCCACCCGUUCCUGCCAGGAGGAACCAGCUGAGGGCCGCAGAAGAGAGACGGGGCAUCCUCAGCGAGCUGUCUGCACUGCGCAGACAGCUGCGCAGUGAACAGCGACGCCUGGAAGAGCAGCUGCUGCAGGUGGACAUGGAGGAGCUGGACACGCCCCUGAGCGUCGGAAGCAGCGAGCGCCCCCUGCUGGAUGCGUUUGACAUGGCCAGACUGCGCCUCCAGGCACCGGUCAAGAGACCCGCGACUAAAACUGAAGAAUCAGUUAACAUCCAGAAUGGGCUCGGCCAAUCCAGAAACAGAGGUGCGAGCCAGCUGUCAGAUCCGGCCCGGCAGACCCACGGCUCGCGGACGAACCGCGUGGAGCGUCCGGAGAGGAGUUCGCUCCUGGAAUCGGAGAGCGCGUUCAUUGGUCCAGGCGGCCAGGCGAUCUCGGUCCCGCCAGACCCAAACCCCAACACCCAACAACUCUCGGCACGGGAGCGACGGAGGAUGGCGAGGAAGGCCGACUUCCACAAUGAGACGAGAUCCAGAGGGAACAGGCAGCCCACGGAACGAACCAACAGUUCCUGCAUGCGCUCUGAAGCCGGCUCGAUGGGCAUGGUUGGCGGUGAGACUUGGCUAAGACCCAGUACCUCGGAUACGCUGAAGAGUUUGCUGACGGAUCAGGAUCAAGGGGAGAGCCCAGCAGGAAGGGCCCUGGGGUCUACCUGGGAGGGCCCAUCCACCUACCAUGGCUAAUCGCACGUCGCCCCUGCACGUCCUGUCCGCACACUCAUCCCAGCCUCAAGCAGUGCUUGGGUCUUCCCACGAAGGAGUAUCGCAAGUUCCAGCACCUUAAAACUGGCUCAGACUCCCCAGUGAAAAUGUUCACUACCUCUUGUUCAUUUAAAAAAAAAAAUGCUGGAUCAGUACUGUCAUAACCCCCAGCGGAAGGAAAUCUUGAAGGAUAAAUAUUUGAAGGUGCUCAAGAUGGUUUUAACAAACCUUUUUAGUGAACGUUAAGACAAAACGAGCACAAAGGAGAUUCUGCAGAAGACAAACCUGAGAAACAUUAUAAUCCGCAAUGCUACCUUGUACUGAGGUUCGAGCUCUGUGCCAAAGGCUAAACUGUACUUAGAUCAUCUGACCAGCAGGAGGCACUAUGCCUCAUGUUGCAGUUUUACUUUCUUUUAUCCUCCUGGGGCCUGUACUGCGAAGCGGGGUUACUGGUUUAUCGGGGUAACUUGUCGGAUUUAAGGUAGUCUGGGCAAAAUGUAAGUGAACGAAUAUGAAGUCGAUUUAAACUGUACCACCAUAAAUUCGACAAGUUACCCCGAUAAGUCAGUAACGCCGCUUCGUAGUACAGGACAGCUUUUCGGAUCCGUGGCCUGAACGCAGACGCCGGCCUGAGGUUUCAGUUGGUUGCCGAUAUGGAAGCCGAUGAGAUUAAUAUGUAAAACGGGUAGAUAGUACAGUAUUUAUACAAGAACAUUUGGUUACUGUUAAAGCAGUGAAAUCCAAAGAUGCUGUAUUUCGUAACGUAGUCUUUCAUAUGCACCCGUAUAAGAUGUAUAGUUUGAAAUUUUAGCGUAAUUUGUUUUCCUUUGUGUUCUCCAUAGAAUAUUUAACUAAAAAUAUUUUAACAGUG